CUUUAUUUUAUUCAGAACAUCAGCGUUCCGUAUCUUUGUGACGCGGUGUGUUGCAGUAAAACAGCACCGUGCAGAAAACAUGGCUGAAGCGUAAGGUUAACUUCACGUAAAAUAUGUCGGGGCGAGCAUUAACACGACGGCAUGCUUUACAUCGUUUGGGAACGGGGCUCUCUUCUGUACUGUUGAGAUGUAUCGGCACUGCUCACGGAUCGCCUCCUCACGCGGACGAAGCGUCGCUUUAUGUUCACUGGCCCUACUGCCUAAAAAGAUGCUCCUACUGCAACUUCAACAAGUACAUUGCUCGCAAUCCAAACCACGCGGUCAUGACGGCAUGUCUGCGGAAAGAGACGCGAACCCUGCUGCGGCUCAGCCGGGUCUCCAGGAUCAGCUCUGUGUUUUUUGGCGGAGGAACACCCAGCCUGGCUCAGCCCUCCGCAGUCGCCGCCGUCUUGGAGACCGUCUCCAGACACGCUCAUCUCUCAGAUGAAGCGGAGGUCACUCUGGAGGUCAACCCCACGCCCGCUGGAAAAGCCGGUCUGAAAGACUUCAAGUCCGCAGGAGUCAACCGGUUUUCCGUGGGAGUCCAGUCGCUGAACGAUGACCGCCUGAGGACGCUAGGCAGGGAUCACGAUUCCCGGCACGCUCUCCGGACCGUGUCGGAGGCCAGGACGCUCUGUCCCGGACGCGUCUCGGUGGACGUCAUGUUUGCUCUUCCGGGACAAAGUGUGAAGGCGUGGGAGGGCGAGCUGGACGAACUGCUGCCGCUUUGCGACGAUCACGUUUCACUGUAUCAGCUGACUCUGGAAAGGGGCACGCGGCUUUUCAAGCAGGUGCACGGAGGCGAGCUGAGCGUGCCCGGGGACGACGACGCCGCCGCUAUGUACGACUCGGCGCGACGAGUCCUGGAGAAAGCUGGGUUUCGGCAAUACGAAGUGUCCAACUUUGCCAGAAAUGACGCUGUGGGUGAACAUAACGUCGGGUACUGGAAGGGGCGGCAGUACAUCGGUGUGGGACCAGGGCGCCACGGACGGUUUGUGCCGCGUGCGUGUGGGAGGAGUUCAGAGGAAGCUCGGACCCAGACUUUAGAACCGGAUGUUUGGAUGCGAGAGGUUCAGCGUCCACGGUCACGGGACACGCCGCGGAUCCAGCUCGACCGCCGUGGCCUGCUGGAGGAGGUUUUGGUCAUGGGUCUGCGUAUGAACGAAGGGAUCACCAAGCAGCACUGGGACCUGUUCAGCCCCGAAGACGACCUGCAACGCAUUUUUGGGAGCUCUGAAAAAGUUCAAGAAUUUCAAGCGGGGGGACUUGUAACACUUAAUGACAAGGGUUUGCGGUGCUCCUGGGAAGGACUGGCUUUACUGGACAGCAUCUUACCCACAAUGCUGCUGGAAUUAGAGGUGUUUUUCAGACAGCAGGACACCAGCAGAAAGACAGACGUAGAGAGAGACAGAUGACCUUUUGCAUCAGAGAAAUAUGAGAAAGAGAUUGACAUUGCAAGGCGAUGCAGAAUACAGUAAAAUUAAACAAAUUGUCCCAUGAGGAGAAAUAUUAAAUCUUGAAGAAUGAACAUUGGUGAGUGAUGUGACGCUUGUUUUCUUGUUAUUAAUUCUUUUAUUCACAAAUACAGUAUUUUUUUUUCUUUAUGAUGAGAAUGGUUUUUAAUGUCUCAAUUUUUAAUGUUUUUUUUUUAUUUUUGGGGAUGCAUGUA